AUGUGGAUAGCCUCCUCUGCAAUGGGCCCGCAGUACGCUGUGUCGUUGGCGUGCGUCGUCGCGACCAUGAUGUGGCCUACGACGGAGGGCCGGUGGGAACCCGGCUUUCCCUGGACGAGGAAGAUGAGCAUAAAAAACCCAGAAAACAACCCUACAUUCAACUACGAAAAACUUGGGCCCUUGCAAGAUGCAUGGCAGGUCCUGGAAGAAACAUCGAAAAAUACGUACUUCCUGAUGUUUCGCACCCGAAUCCUUUAUUCUACGAUAUGUUUCCACGCAACAGCAAAUAUCACAGACAAAACGGACAAAACCGCCAAUUACAGAAUCACAGCCUACAAUCGAAGACAAAAAAUAUACGAGAAUACCACAGUACAAGUGAGAGCUCUAAGUCAAACUGGCUACCCGCUAGAAAACGUUAUACGGGCAAGCUUCAAUGGAACACUCCCAAGUGCUACUCCAGUUCCCCCAGGAAGCUACACGUACGUUGAGUACGAUAACUCCACCUGCUAUUGCAGAAGUACUCCCUUUCCUGAUAGGGGUGUUGCUUCGAAGCCUCAGCGGAGCACUGAUUUAACCGAAAAUCUCCUAAACGAACACUUCCCUUCUCCGGAAAAUUCUCACUAUAUGGACAUGUAUGUGGUAUACAGCGAGCCGCAAUGUUACAUUCUCAGGAGUCCCGCAGCCCGGGGAGGUAAGGGAUGCGAUUUGUGGCUGAGAAAAACCGAGUUGAAAAGUAUAGUGGAUGGCCUGAAGGAUGAUAUUUUAAAAAAAGAAGAGGAACUAAUCAAGGAGAUUAAGGAACAGCUUGGAAUCACUGAAAACUGUACUGCGACAGAUAAUCAAAAACGAAAUCUAGAAACAUGGGUAGCAGAGGACAUUGAAAAAUGGUUUCAAGAUGUCGUAUUGAAACGGAUUUCUCCCGAUUGCGCUCUCGCCUUCAUGAUAACUUGUGGAAAGCCGUUUUAUAGAGUUUACAAUCCGGUAACGUGUAAUACCACAUUAACAGGGCAAUACGAGUCAAUUUCUCAUAAUUAUCAUUCGUGA